AUGCCGUCUUCAUCAUCAUUAAGCAUUCUUGUGUUCACCAAGACGGCAGGUUACCGUCAUGAGUCUAUUUCCGCAGGCAUUGAAGCCUUGAAGAAAUUCGCGGCGGCAUCAGACCUCAUCACCUGCGAUACCACUGAAGACGCUUCAGUCAUUAACCUAUCAAGUCUCUCGCAAUAUCGCGUGCUAGUAUUCUUGCACACUAGCGGCGACUUUCUAGACAAAGCACAACUUGAUGCGCUCAAAGGAUUCAUCAGGAAUGGGGGCGGGUUCGUUGGCAUCCACGGUGCCGCUGCUGGCAUGCCUCAGGAUGAAUGGUAUGGGAGACUUGUUGGUGCCGCUUUCACCGAACACCCCAAACCACAGGAUGGCGUAGUUAAGAUUGAGGACACGGCGCACGCGCUCACAAAGGGUUUGUCAAACCAGUGGAAAUGGCAUGAUGAGUGGUACAAUUUCAGGUCGAACCCACGAGAUAACGUCCAUGUUCUCAUGAGUAUCGACGAGAGCUCUUAUGAAGGGGGUACUAUGGGUAAUGAUCAUCCACUUGCUUGGUGUCAGGAAUUUGAAGGCGCUAGAUCGUUCUACACGUCACUCGGGCACUUUGAUGAGGCAUGGAGAGACGAAAGGUUUCAUGAACAUAUCAAGAGAGGAAUUUACUGGGCAGCGUGCCUAUUGUAA